UGGACACAACCGGGAGAGGAAGAGCGAUCGCAUUCUUCCAGCGGUUUCUCGUCUGACUUGUGACUUUCGCUGUGUGCCGUUCCCCAGUCUUCGUGGUCGGACCGCGAAGUGCCGGACGAAAUUGACUUCACGUUGUGUGUUUAACGUCACAGUUAACAGCUACAGUUUAGGAUAUUGACGUGAAGUCGUAUUUCGGUCUUGACUGUGCGAGAACUCAUCGUGCCUUCGUAAAAGGCGAUGUAGAAUGUCAUGAAAUCGCCAUCUUUGGGACUAGGUCAUCAUCAUUAUUAUUGUCAUGAAAGAAAAAAUCUGUCGUGAAAUAACUCAUUGAAAGUUAUUUGUGAAACUCGGUUCAUUCAAAGACCUGCCAAAAAUAGGAAUUAGUGUUUCUCUCUUUCGAACUUCACUGGCCUUUUUCGUUGGUCUAAAAAGGAAAUAAGAAAAAUUUCAUUUCGAGACUAACAAAUAUUUGCCCCGAGGUGAAAGUCGAGGUCUAAGACAACCUCGUACUUCCGGAGAGAGGAAAUUGUUCCUCCAGCUUCAGUGACUUUGAAGAUGGAUAUAUCGUUUAAACAGAGAAUUUUCCAAAUUGUGUGAAACAGCCGCAUUUAUCUUGAUGGAAAAAUGUAAAAAAAAAAUAAGCAGUCUUAAAAUGUCAUUCAUCUUCAAAACGAAAUUCUCGCGUUAGAGAGCCCGGACGCAACGCUUCGUGAAGUGGGAAUUAAAAUAUAUGAAUCAUAUUCAGUUCUGGCCCUUAAUCAUAAUUUGAAGAACCAUGUUAGACCAAAGCGCCUCUGACGCAAGAAAAGAACUCAAUGGAAAUUCGACCUUGAGGGUGGUAAGACUUUCUUGCUCGCAAAAGGGCAAUGUUGAGACGUGCUCCUCACCCAGAGGGAAUCCUCUUACAAGAUACUGGCUCGGGGUCUUAACGCUGAUUCUCUGUAACAUGAUUUUCACAGGCAACUGCCACAUCCGAGGGGGUAACGGACCCCACAUGGAAGUCAAUCCAGUCACUUUGGCCCCACCUCCAGCCCCACAGGUGGACCCUUCUCACUCCAAUGACGUCACGGCUUUGGCAGGGAAAACUGCUUUGCUCAACUGCAGAGUUCACAACAUUAACAACAAAACAGUAUCAUGGAUCCGCCACCGGGACAUCCACUUACUCACAGUCGGAAGAUACACCUACACGUCCGACCAGAGAUUCAGGGCCUUGCACGAGGAGGACUCCGAUGACUGGGUACUGAAGAUUAAUUAUGUCCAGCUCCGAGACACAGGGAUAUACGAGUGCCAGAUAUCCACCACGCCUCCAGUCUCGCAUUUCAUACGACUCAAUGUUGUCAAGCCACAGACCCACAUAUUAGGUGGGCCUGAUAUGCAUAUCAACAAAGGUUCGACUAUCAACCUCACCUGUGUUGUGGAAUUCAGUCCAGAGCCGCCAGAUUUUAUUUAUUGGAAUCAUAACAGCAAGAUCAUCAGCUACGACUCGAGCCGAGGGGGAGUCACGGUCAUCAUCGAGAAGGGGGACAUCACCACCAGCUCCCUCCUGAUUCAAAAGGCGCAGCCGGCCGAUUCGGGUCGGUACGAGUGCAACCCUUCCAACGUCAGUCCCUCGAACAUCACUCUCCACGUCCUAAAUGGAGAACAUCCCGCAGCCAUUCAGCACGGUGGCCAGGGCACCUACUCCUCAUCUUCCCUUAGAAAUGUCGUCUUUCUCCUGCUGUGUCUGGUCUUUGUGCACAGAUUCCUUCAGUAGAAAGGAGUCUGUCUAGGUUAGAUGAGAUGAAUCUAUAGUCGAUUCGUCGUCAUGAAGAUACACGAGUGCGAUGACAAUGCUCAAACGGAUCGGCUUCACGACACCGUGAUUUUGACGCCGACGUCAAAAUCUUGUACACAUUGAUGUGGAAGGUUUUCCUAACCUUAAGAGUAUCCUAUAAUCCAUCUUCUGUAAAGCUGCUUUUCUGCAGCGACAUCCUUUUUUAGAUAAAAGUAACAGCAUACUUUCAGGAUCGUCCAUUAUCCCCGAAGAAUACUGCAGAUGAAAACCAUAAGUAUUUCGACCGGUUCUUUUAAGGGAAAAUCAGACAAAGUAGGAUUCCUUACGUAACUGACGUUGUGUAAAGAUGCAGUUUUUUUUUCAUUUUUUAUUCUUAAGGGAAAAUCAGACAAACAAAAUUGGAUUCCUCACGUAACUGAUUCUGUCAAGAUGCAGUGAACACCGGAUUCUUUCAGUCUCAGUUUCACAGGCCUUUUCUUGUCAAGUCAUUUGAAUUAUACAGUUGUGUUUAAUUAAACUGAACUCAUUUCCCGUUCUCAUCGCUAAACGGAUGGAUUAAAACGGAUUAUUACGUAUCAUCUCAGUUCUGAAAUUAAUCCCAAAAGUAACGAUGCAUCAUUUUCAAAGACGUAAACUUAGAUGAUUAAUUUAGACUUUAGUUAGACUUCAGUUCUUCUUUGUCAUAAUUAAAUCCUCGCAAUUGAACAGUACAUAGGAAAACAGUUUUAUUGCAUUUCUAUUAAUUUCCUGAAAGGUAUUUCCUCUAAUGAUGGUUCAGACUGAAAUAUUUUACGCAUACAUAAAUUUUUCUGUCUUGAGGAUGACUAUUCGGCUCAAACUGAAGUACUUCUUGUCACUCUUGUUUCAUGCGGUCGGUUAAUUUUAUUGCGAUGUUUGGAACUGUCAGUAAAUACGUUUCUGAUAAGUCACCGUUGAAUUCCAGCUGUCAAGCAUAUUAUCCAAUUUCAGCCUUCAUAUAUGGUCGAAAACGAAUUCAUUACAAACCGAAUGGCGAACAAUAAACUGAGCAACAUUACCAGCGGCAAAUGGAUUGAUUUUAGAUAAAAUUUUUGGGGGUCAUUAGAAAACUUAAUUAGACCCGUAUGUUUUUCAAGUGGCAUAAAUGUGUUCCAACACUCGAUGUAUCCUUGGUUUAUCUCAUGGUUUCUUGGGGGAGACUGCAGAGACCAUUUACAGUCCUUUACUCGUUGUUAAAAUAAGCAAUCUUGUAAUAGUUUUCGAUGCACUUCGGAAACCUUAUCAAUAUUCCCUGAAGAGAAAUUUAUUAAUCUAUCAUUAGCAUCCAGCUACCGACAGAGAAGACCUGGCAUUAACUUGCGAGAUAAAUCCCAUUAAAUUAGUUUAAAACGAGCGGGUUUUACCAAAACAUGGUUCAUUCAUAUGUUCUGAUAACCAGCACAAUAGCUCUUAUGCAGUCAGCCUAAUUAGUAAACUUUUGGAAUAGUAGUUUGAACAGUUUCCAGGGACGACAUUUGGAUUUACAAUCUGGAUCACGCUGUUAUGGUCAUAUCACUAAAGGAAUAAACAUGGUUUGAGAUAAGAAUCCUGGUUGUUAUGUGUCUCCCAUUUAUUAUUAAAUAAAUGGUACAUAUGUCACUAUCACUCCCGUUCAAUAAUGUAUGAAAAAUGUUUUAUAAUGUGGUAACCGUUAAGGAGGAUUUACAGAAUCUACGUGUAUCUGAAGCCUACUAGGAUUUGUGGUACUGACAUAAAUUUGCACAUGCUCUAUUGUAAUUAAUUUUUUGUUCUGUCUUUUAUUGUAAUUCACCGAAAAAAGCUUUUACUUUACCGUAAUUUUGCAUAUACUUUGGCGGUGAAUAUUUCCUUCAAUUUCUUGUAAAUAGUCACAGUAGAAGCAUAUCUAUUUCCAAUAAUGGGUGUUCUAUUACUAAUAUAAUUAACAUUUUCGAUUUAUUCAUACCAAAAAAACUACACUAGUGAUGUUGAGGUAACGGUUAGAUUUCUUUUUUAUUUUACUUGUUGUGAUCAGAUAUUGCAAGAACAGUUAUACAAUACUAGCUGAGGGAAAUUUGAUCGAGAGAAGGAAGCCUCUACGACAUAAAUUAUUUUCAAUUGCUAUUAUUAUAUCUUGGCGACCAUGAAGAGAGGAUACAGCUUAGUUUUCCCACUGAUACGACAAGGAUUUCUUGAAAUCUCCAUAGCUCUAGAUUUCGCUUGAGGGAUAUUGACAGAAUGAAAAUGAAGACAAUGGUUAAUGAAAGUUUUAUCGAAAACAUAAAGAAGGAGACACACACACA